AUGGCCACCACACCAGAGGAAUUCUUCAUCAUGGAUCUUAUGGAGCAGCCACCAGCAUCCCCACCUGUCUUCAUUGACCUUCCCCAGAAGCCCAAUGUCAGCAACGAGGUCCGGCAUCGUGUCCCUAAUGAUGACAUGAUGCUCCCUUACAUCUCACACAUGCUCAUGGAGGACGACAUCGACGAUGAACUCAACAACCACCCUGCGCUUCUCCAGGUGCAGCAGCCCUUUGCUCAGAUCCUCUCCUCCCAUUCCCUUGGCACUAACACCAACAACAGCGAGGGGGCCAACGAAUUCUUGCAUGAAGGUAAUGGUGAUGAAGGUGCCCUCAAUUCACCCUUAUCCAAGGGCACAUGUGUGUUGGGAGCAUACUUGAAGGGCAUGGAAGAAGCUAACAUGCUUCUGCACAAAGACAACGACAUUAGAAGGGAUGAGUUGGUGAUUAAUCAGAUCAGGGAAAGCAACAUUACUGAUAGUUGGGUGAGGAAAAGGUACAAUAGGGAUCACCUUAUAGAGGAGGAGGUAAGAAGUGCCAACAAAGCUGUGACGAGAAGCAAGGGGCCAGAGGAGAAACAUAGCAAUGAGAUGCUUGAUGAGAUGAUGUUGCAUUCCUAUGAGACAUGCAUCAAAGGCAUGGAGCAUGUCACCAUGGACAAUAGCGAAGUGGAGAAGAGAAACAUGAAGAGUGGAAGGAUCAAAGUGGCGAGGGUGGUCGACAUACGCAGGCUGUUGAUAUCUUGUGCGCAGGCACUGGCAGCCGACGAUGACAAGACAACCCGUGAGUUACUGAAGCAGAUCCAGCAACAUGCUUCAGCAACAGGGGACGCCACCCAACGGCUAGCUCAUUGUUUCGCCAUGGGGCUAGAGGCACGGAUAGUGGGCUCUGGAAGCCAGCUUUUGCAGCGGCUUAUGUUAGAGUACCCCUCAGCCAUUGAGUUCCUUAAGGCCUACAAACUUUUCUCUGAAGUUUGCUGCUUCAUCAAUGUGACGUUCAUUUUUUCAGCAAUGACCAUUAUGCAGGCCAUGGCAGGUAAGAGCAGGUUGCAUAUUGUGGAUUAUGGUACGCGUUUCGGGUUUCAAUGGGCAGGAUUGCUCCGCUUGCUGGCGAGUAAAAAGGGUGGCCUGCCAGAGGUGAAGAUCACCGCCAUAGCCCGCCCCAAGCCUAUGUGCCACCCAGGUGAGCAGAUUGAGAAAAUUGGCUGCCGGCUCAGGAAGUGUGCCCAUGAGCUUGGCUUGCCUUCAUUCAAGUUCCACACAAUCAUGAAAAACUGGGAGGAUACUUUCAUCAUAGACAUGCACACAGAUUCUGAUGAGGUGCUCGUUGUGAGUGACAUGUUUAGUUUCGGCAUCUUGAUGGAAGAGAGCUUAUUCUUUGAUGAUCCAAGCCCAAGGGAUACUGUCCUCCAUAACAUCAAGAAGAUGAGGCCAGAUGUAUUCAUCCAGAACGUUAUAAAUCGUUCAUAUGGUGCCUCCUUCUUGUCACGGUUUCGGGAUACAGUCUUCUAUUACAUGGCACUAUUUGACAUGUUGGACGCAACCAUCCCAAGGGACAGUAAAUCUCGAUUGUUGUUGGAGAAAGUCCUUCUUGGAUGUCAUGCAUUUAACAGCAUUUCCUGUGAAGGUAUGGACCUAGUGGAAAUUCCUGAGAAAUAUAAACAAUGGCAGACAAGAAACCAACGAGCAGGCCUAAGGCAGCUGCCACUGAAAUCAAGCAUUCUGAAUGUAGUGAAAGAUGAGGUCAUGAAGCAUUACCACAAAGACUUUAUGAUCUCCCAGGAUGGCCAAUGGCUUUUGCAAGGAUGGAUGGGGCGUGUCAUCUGCGCGCACACGACAUGGGUAGCAAAUGAAGAUACCUCUUCUGAAUGA